AUGCCAACUCCUGCUGAAAUUAUUGCAGCUCGUCUCAAUCGUUCUGAAGACAAUGAAGAACCAACUUGGGUUGAAGAAACUGAAGAACAAGUUAAUACUAGAACUUCAACUCCUUCAAUUAGUGAUGAAUCUGCUUUUCCAGCAUUAGGUUUAAGAAAUUCAACCAAUUCUUCAAAUAAUUCUUCACCAUCAAAUUCUUCAUGGGGUCCAAAAAUGAAAAGUCCGGCUACUACAAGUACUCCAAAAUUAAAUAAAAAUGGAGUUUUUAAUUCAAGUAAUGGAUUUACUAAAAAGACAAAAGUUUCAAAUAUUCAAGAAGCUUUUUCAUUAGAUGUUGAAGAUCAAUUAAAUGUUGCAAGACCUGAAUUUGUUAAAAUUUUAACUUUUAUUAAACAAGACACUAAAACCAAUAUUGAAUGGACUACUUCUGAACAUACCAAAAAGAGAACUUUUUUAAUUAGUGGUAAACAAGAAGAUGUUAAAUUAGCCAAAAGAUUAGUUAUUAAAAAAUUAACAAAACCAGUUAAAAUUAAAUUUUCAGUUCCUGCAAAAUUAAGAUCAAGAAUUAUUGGUCAAGGUGGUAAAAAUUUAAAACCAAUUAUUCAACAAAAUGAGGUUAAAAUUGAAAUUGGUGAUGAAGAAGAAGAAAUUGAAACCACUGAAGAAGAUGAAGAUGAUUUAUUUAAUUCAAUUGUUUAUAUUACUAUUGAUGGUGAUACUGAAGGUUCGAAACGUGCUAAAAAUCAAAUCUUGGCUAUUGUUAAAGAAGAAACUAAAAACUUAUCAACUAAAAUUUUAUUGAGUGAAAAAGUUAAACCAUUUGCUAUUAAUGCCUUACACACAAUUGUUGAAAACAACAAGGAAAUUGAUUUUUCAAUUCCAGAUUACAAAUCUAAUAGAAAUGCAAUAACUUUAGUUGGUGAUCGUGAAUCAGUAUUAAAAGUUAAAUCAGAAAUUAAAUCGGUAUUAGAUAAAUUACAAGAUAAAAUUGUUAUUGAAGAAAUUCCAAUUCCUCAAACUAAACAUCAAUUUUUACCAAUUGAUGAUGUAUUAAAUCACUGUAAUGUCUUGAUUCAAUUACCAAAAGGUGAAGAAACUAAUGUUAAAUUUAUAGGUGAAAAAAAACAUAUCAAAUUAGCUCAAGAAGAAGCAAGAAAAGUUACUUCAUCAUAUAAAGUUGAAGUUUUGGAUAUGUCAAAAGCUCAUAAAGGUAAUUUGAAACAUGUCAAAGCAGUUGCCUUAUUAUUAAACAAAACUGGAGCUUUUAAAUCAAUUGCUGAAGCUAAUGAUGUUGUUAUUAAUGCUCCAUCUAAAAAAGAUUUAUCUUCAAGUAAUAACUCAAUACCUAUUGAAAUUGUAUCAAAAGGGGAUGACGAUAAAAUUAAAGCAGCUAGAAAAUCAAUUGUAACUCAAGUUAACAAUAUUAAACCAGAUCAAACUAAAACUAUUGAUGAUAUUGAACCGUUUUUAAUUAAUAAAGUUGAUGAAACCAUCGGCUCAAUAGCCAAAGCGGAGAAAGUUGAAUAUGUCAUAUUAGACAACACCAUAACUUUAUUUAAUGCUGAAAAUAAACAAGAAGAUGCUGAUGAUUUUGAUGAUUUUGAAACCACUUCUACAGAUAAUUUUGAUAAAGUUAAUCGAGAAUUGAAUAAAUUAAGAGAAUUAGCUAAUAAUUUAUCAUCAACUACCAUAACAAUUGAAUCAAAAGAUCAAGAGCAUAUUUCAGGUCCAAAUGGAACAACUUUAAGGUCUAUUUUAUCAUCAGUUGAACCAAACUCAGUAGUUGUCAAAUUACACUCAAACGCUGAUGGUAAAUCUGAAAAUGAAGUUUAUAUUCAUGGUUUAAAAACUUCAGUUACUGCUGUGAAAAAGGAAAUAGAUGCAGUAUUAGCUGACUUGAAAGAGUAUCCAGAUGGGUUUACAACUACCAUACAAGUUCCAUCACAAGUUGUUUCAAGAUUAAUUGGUAAAAAUGGAAGUUAUUUAACUUCAUUACGUGAUGAAUUUGGAGUUAAAAUCGAUGUACCAGAAGUAAAUAAAAAAGAAGAGUCGGGAGAUAAAAUUGAUAUCACCAUAAAAGGUAUUAAAAAGAAUGUUGAAGAAGCUAAAACUAAAAUUGCUUCCACCACUAAAAAAUGGGCCGAUGAAACUUUAGUACGUUUAAAAAUUGAAAAUCAAUAUCAUCGUAGAAUGAUUGGUGCUCAAGGCAAAUACAUUCAUCGUUUACAAGAUAAAUAUAAUGUCAAAAUUAGAUUCCCAUCAAGUGAUUUUGAUUCUUCAAGUGGUAAUGCUUUUGCUGAUGCUCCUAAAUCAAAAGAUGAAGUUACCAUAAAAGGUCCAUCUAAAAAUGUUGCUAAAGCAGAGGAAGAAUUAAAAGAAUUAUAUCAAUUUGAAAAAGAAAAUGGUUUUACUGAAACCUUACAAAUUCCAUCAAAAGCUAUCUCAAGAGUUAUUGGUAAAAAUGGUGAUACCAUAAAAGAUAUUGCUGAUGGUACUGGUAUUGAAUAUAAAUUUAAAAGAGAUUCACCUAAUGAUCAAGAUACUAAUGGAUUUGUUGAAGUUGAAUUAACUGGUUCAAAAUCUGCAUUAAAAGAAGCUAAAACAAAAAUUAAUGAUAUUAUUAAUGAAGUUGAAAAUUUCAUUGUUCGUUCAAUUGUUGUUGAUCCAAAAUAUCAUCGUGAUUUAGUUGGUCAAUCAGGUUCAACAAUGAAACAAAUAAUUAAAAAUGCCGGUGGUGAAGAUGUACCAAGAAAUAGAUAUCAUAAAUUAUUAACUAUACCUAAUGAAGGUUCAGGAUCUAAUGAAGUUGUAUCACAAGGUGAUAAAUCAAUUGUUGAUAAAAUUAUAAGUCAAAUUGAAAAAAUCAUAAAAAAUAAAGAAGCUUCAGUAGUUGAAGAAAUUGAAUUACCAAAAGAAAAACAUAGAUUAAUUAUUGGUCCAAAUGGUUCAAUUCGUCAAUCAUUACAAACUGAAUAUAACAUUACAUUAGACAUUCCAAGACCAAAUGAUGAAUCAACAAUUGUUAAAAUUAAUGGAUUACCUGAAAACGUUGCGAAUGUUAAAACCAAAAUUGAAGAAUUAACAAAAGAUGAUUGGUUAAGUUCAAUUGAUAUCCCAACGAAAUAUCAUUCAUUAAUUAGUGAUCGUGGAGCAAUUUUCAAAAAAUUGAAAAAUGAAUUUGGUGUUGAGGUUACUCAUGGUAAUUUAACAAGACAAGCUAGUAAAUUAUCAUCUAUUAUCUCGAAUCCCCCAUCAAAUGCAUAUCCUGAAGAAGAAGAAUCAUAUAAAUUCACACUUGAAGAAUUCAACACCACUGAACCAAAUCAAGAAUCUACUAUACCAUGGAGAUUUAAAGGUUCAGAAGAAUCAGUUUCAAAAGUUGAAAAAUUAAUCAAAAAAAAACUUGAAAAAUUAAAAUCAAGUUCAAAUUAUAUUGGAUGGAUUUAUGUUAAUAAAACAAAUUCAUUUUCUAAAAUUAUUGGACCACAAGGUUCCAAAAUAAAUCAAUUAAGAAAUAAAAAUAAUUGUUUUAUUCAAGUUCCAAAUUCAAAUGAUAAAUUUGCUAAUUUUAUUUUCACAUUUGGCUUAAAAGAUGAUUUAAUUAAAUUAAAUGAACAAAUUAAAUCAUUGAUUUGA